AUGUCCGCUUUCGAUAACUUUUCAGCCUCCAUGUCGGAUGCAUUGUUGGCGCUUCCUCAGCCGAGCAAUACGCGGGUCCCGCGGCCCCUACUAGCUCGAAGGAGCUGGAGAUACCAACGGGAAACUUUCGGCGAUUAUCUGCAGUGGAUCUACAACGAGAACAGUGACAAACCUGCGUUUGCUCCGGUUAAAGACAAGUUUAAAGAGACUCUUGAUACUAUAUUAGAAUAUGAAUCAUCGAUCAGUGAUAUCUUGGCGGACAAUCAAUCGCCCAAGGACGAUUGCAUUGCUCGUCAGUAUCAUCAAGCUACGAAGCCACUCAUGUCUGCCUUUCUAGCCCAGCUUCCCAAAGCACACUACAACUUUAAAAGGUUCAUGGCAACCAUUCUCAGAGCCGAAAGCCAGAACGUCUUAGUCAGUGGCAUAGAACACUUUUCUGAAACCUACAAGGCAAAGCCAGCCCAAACGUUGACACCACCGUCAGGAGCGCUUUCAAACGAUUCGCAAAGAACCCUUCUCCCUGAAUUUGCAAUGGUGUUCAUCAAUAUGGUUCUUCCCACAACCACGAUGACCGGUACGUCUCCAGGUAUGAAGCUUCAAGUCGCCUUCAACACACUUGUUUCUAAACAAAGCACAGAUGACUUUGCUCUUGCACUUGCGCUCCCUCCUUCCUCCAUUCCUUCUCCCACUGCUACCCAAGAUACCUACAUCUGCACCUCGGACCUCGGAGUGUACCAAGUCCACUUUCCAAUUCUUGCAUGCGCUUCUCCGAUGUUCGUUGGUUUCCUUACUCCAAGGGGACCGGCAUAUGGACCCAAGUUCUACGACAUUGCCGAUGAUUCAGCUUCCUUCUGCUGCUUUCUAAGCCUCGUAUAUUCACGGGACCUCCCUGCCAUCUCAACGUUUUCGGGAUUAGACUAUGCUUUGACCGUCGCAAGGAAGUAUGGACUGGUGCUCUCCGCUAAAAUCCUUCGAGGGCUACUAUCCGACCCGGGAAGUUGGGUAUACGUAGAGAAGGAUCCAUGGAGUGCAUUCCUAGUCGCUCAACAGUGGGGUUUCAUAAAUGAAAUGAACACGGCGAGCCGGAAACUUGUUGGCCAGGUUGAUUUAACCGACGACGGUACUCUGGAGAGACUCCAAGCCAGCGAAAGCGGGAUCAAGGUAUUGGCGUGGCUCGUAGCAAGACAGACAAAGUUGGCAACCCGUCUCCUUUCAAGUCCGCUUUCCGAUCCUUCGACGCCACUCGUCUGCUUUUCCUGCCCCGAUACGGUAUUCAACUGGAUUAAUGCUUGGGCGCAGAACUUGUACAAGGCACUGAGCGCGAGCGCGGAAACUCCAGAAUUGUUUGGUCUUGCCAGUGUACUGGAAGUCGCCGAGUGCGAAGAGUGCCGAGAGAUUAUCGUCAAGAACGCCAAGGCCGUCGAGACCUGGAUGAGGAGCGUGAGGGAUGACUUGAAGUCAGAUGUAGCGGGCCAGACGCUCGUCGAUCAAUCGUCAAAAUAUGUCGCGUCUCCCGGCUCAUUAGGAUUUUAUAAAGGGAAUUCGUCCGCUGCUGUCACAUUUGACCAGUAUUCUUUGAUGCUCGAUGGAAAACGAAUCAUGGUAUUUAGCGGAGAAUUCCAUCCAUGGAGGCUCCCUUCCAUCCCGCUCUGGAGAGAUAUUUUGGAAAAAAUAAAGGCCGGAGGUUUCAAUACAGUAUCCAUCUACACGCACUGGGGCCUCACGGAAGGAAAACGUGGCGUCUUGAACUUUGAUGGGUAUCGGUCCCUAACCAAGUUUCUGAACGUCGCAAAGAGCGUUGGAGUGUUGGUCAUACUUCGACCCGGACCGUACAUCAAUGCCGAGACUACUUCUGGCGGGAUGCCUGGCUGGGUGUCUAACCUCGCUGAUGCAUCCAGGUCGAAUGGGACGGACUUUACGGCCGCUUGGAAGCCCUAUAUUACACAAAUCUCCAAGGACGCAGCUCCAUACCAGUACCCCGAUGGGCCGAUUAUAUUGGUACAGAGCGAAAAUGAAUUUGGUGGAGAUAGCGUUACGAACCCGUGGUCGUAUGGACAUACGGAUCAUAUGAAAUGGGUCCAAGAAACCAUGCGCGCAAAUGGACUUGACAAGGUUCCUACAACGCACAACGACUACAAGCCACAGGGCGAAUACGCUACUGGUCCCGCAAAGGUAGAUUUGUAUGCGAGAGAUGGGUAUCCCCUCGGCUGGGAUUGUUCUCAUCCAGAAGUAUGGAAAGAACUCGAUGCCUCGUUAGAUGCAGACCACCAGCGCUUAAACCCCGCAGAACCGUUGUAUUUGGCGGAAUAUCAAGGCGGAGCGUUGGAUGCCUGGAACGGGCCAGGAUAUGAGAAAUGCUACCAGCUUUUAAACGAGCAGUUUGCGAGUGUGAUCUACAAGAACAACUAUGCGGCUGGCAUAUCUUUGCAGUCUCUUUACAUGAUAUAUGGAGGAACAAACUGGGGAAAUCUGGCGGCUCCUGUAGUCUAUACGUCUUAUGAUUGGGGUGCAGCCAUCUCUGAAGAUCGAACUCUAACUCCAAAAUUCCAUGAAAUCAAACUACACGGUCUCUUCCUCCACGCAACGCCGCAUUAUCACGUUGCCGGCCGCGUAAGCACAGGAAGUGAACUCGUCUCCAACCCCAAGAUAUUCGUUACCCAUCUUGCUACUGCCGAGGGACAACAUUUAUAUGUGGCUAGGCAGACUACGAAUGCGAACACUGCGAGGGAGGAGUUUACAUUGGACGUAAAGACCAAGAGCGGAGCUGUUACUCUCCCCGGGCUAGCGCUCGACGGGAGGGAUAGCAAGAUUUUUGUUACCGAGUAUCCUUUUGGCGGGAGCUUAAUGAGCUAUAGUACAGCCGAGGUGGCGACUUGGCUCACAUUGGACGGACAGGAUCAUAUCGUCCUUUUCGCUUCAAACCAGACCACCAAGACUGUCAUUCCAACCACAUCUCGCACUAAACCCACAAUAUCUGGUCCGGGCUCAUCCAUCACUGCGACAUUGUCUGAUAAUGCAGUCACCAUUUCGGGCAAACCACCCUCGUCUGGUCUUGUUCGAGUAUCGAUCGGAAAAACGUCUGUGUGGUUGGCGGAUAAAAAAUGGCUGGCCCCGAGGAUUUGGCAGCCCCGCACGACUGGGACGACUGGGAAUGGGAUAUAUGAUCUGAGUCCUCGAACUGGGAGCGUGUUGGUAUUUGGACCGUACCUUGUUCGAAGUGCAACACUCACGGGAUCUACAUUGGCACUGGUUGGAGAUCUCGUAAGCAAUUCGGCAACGGAGCUUGAAGUACUUACCCCUUCGAGUGUGAAGACUAUCACUUGGAACGGGAAGAGUGUCAAGUUUUCCAAGGCGCCCUCUGGGACGCUCAAAUCGACCCUCGAUACUCCCGACCUGAAGCCCAAGCUUCCAGACUUGAAAUCGCUUGAAUGGAAAUGCACCGACUCACUUCCCGAAGUUGAGCUUGGGUUCGACGAUUCUCAGUGGAUACUCGCAAACAAAACCACCACCGCUCGUCCGGCAAGGUUCCAGCCGCUGGGCGGGAAGGUUGUGCUAUAUGCCGAUGAGUACGGAUAUCAUCAAGGGAACACUAUUUACCGUGGCCGAUUUUCGAGCCAAGCGACGGGAGUCAAGCUCAUUGUUCAAGGAGGAUCAUACUUUGGCUACAGCGCUUUUCUCAAUGGGGUAUUCCUCGGUUCUGGACAGUCGAGCAAUGAUAUUAUUGAAACAAAUUACACGUUCCCCACUGGCGUGGUAGGAAACGAUAAUAUCGUUACUGUUGUGUUGGAUAACACUGGUAUAGAUGAGGAGAACUGGGAGGGAAAGUCAAAAGCUCCCCGUGGAAUCCGUGGAUACGAACUCCUUGGUAGUGGGGACUUCGAUUCCUGGAAACUGACAGGGAAUAUCGAUGGAGAAGAAACGCAAGAUAUCGUCCGAGGGCCACUAAACCAAGGAGGGCUCUACGUUGAGCGUAUCGGGGCAAUCUUCCCAAAUUAUACUCUGAAUAAUAUUUGGAAUUCGAGCGCCUCUUGCACGCCCUUUAAAGGAAUCAACCAAGCCGGCAUAGUGGCCUAUAAAACCAAGUUCCUAUUGAAUAUCACAGAAACAACGGACCUGACUAUCUCGUUCAAAUUUACGAGAACACAAGCAAGCAACUAUCGGUCAAUGCUGUAUAUUAACGGAUUCACCUCUAACUACGGUCCGCAAACCGUUUUUCCCAUCCCUGAGGGAAUUUUGAACCAUCGAGGAGAGAACGACGUGCUCCUAACUGUUUGGUCACUGGAUGCUGAAGGAGCUAAGGUAGCUGCAUUAGAGCUGACUUCAUCAAUUACAUUAGACUCGGGAAAGGAGAUUGUUACGGGAGUAACAGCUUGA